AUGAGGAAGCUGGAAAACGCCAAAUUUGGCGCUAUAGUCGUCCGUGGCGUCGAAGAAGGCGGUAGGACCUGUAUAAAUGGUUUGCCGUUCGUUUCGCCGGCUAUUCGGAUGCUUGGAAGGUUUUCAUUCCAAAAAAUGCAUUUUACCCGUUUCGUUCAGGUUUCAAAAGCUCAAGUCUUUGAAACACGAUAAUUUAUGCGCUUGCUUGGAUUUGAUACGGUGUAGAUCAGGUGAAAAAAUUCCGAAAAUGUAUAAAUUUGUUAAUUUAAGCUUCCAACCUGGUAAUCGUAAUAACAGAGGUCCACUCAACACGGCUCUGCGACAUUCUGAAUAAUUCUUUUUCGUAAGAAUUCUUGUUAGCAGUCUCCAAACAAUAUUUUCAGGCCGAAAGUCAUUCAAAACUUCGGAUAUCAAAUCGCCGAUGCGUUAUACUACUUGCAUAGCCAAAAUAUCCUUCAUAGUAAUUUGAGUCUUUCAAAUAUUAUAGUACUUGAUGAUGGAAAAAGGCUGCGUUUGUCAAACUAUGGGACGAGGUUUGAAGAUUUUUAUUUCAUUAAUAAAACUUUUUAUAGUUUUGUUGCCAACUACGGGGCUGAUGCGGAUCUAUCAGGCCAUAGUACAGUUUUCGCCUUCUCGCCGGAGCGCUUCAUACAAGAAACUUCUACUUUGCCAUCCCAGAAAAAAACGAUGUUUGGUCCUUGGGAAUCGUCUUGUUGCAACUAUUCACAGUUUGUCAAGAAAAAAUAUAAAAAAUUUGUUUCAAUUUCAGGGAGUACCUUUUUCAAAUGUGUGGACUGAGAGCCAGUACAUAGGCAUUCUUGAAAAACAUUGUUCGAAAAAGAUGGUUUGAUUGAAAUUUUUUUAUUCGAUAAUGUUUUUUUAGUUGAAUCCGCCCUUGAUUUGUUUUUAAAAUGCUUUGCGACAGGCAAAUGGACUUUGUACAGAUUUCGUCGAAGAUGAAACGGUUUUGACAGCAAGUUAUUAGUAAAAAACGGUUUUUCAAUAGAUUUCUGCGAUUCUUUACGAUUGUUUGAAAGUUAACCCUCGACGUCGUCAUAGAAUGAGGGAAAUGAUGAACAAACUGAAAAAUAGCGAUGCUUGUGACGGAAAAGAUUCAUUUGUCACUACGAUUCCCGAGAUGAAGGGUAACUUUUACUUGUCUUUUUAUAAGAAGAUUAAUUUUUCAGAAACCAUCAAAGAACUUCACGAUCAAAAGUCCUGGCAAUUCACAUCUUUCAGCAUUGAAGAUGCUUAUUUCCUGUGGAGGCUUUGCGGAGCGACGCCAGAAAAUAUCCUUCUUCGAAACUCGGUUAUCAAACUUAAACCGCCAUUGACAACGCUGCCGAGGUUUUCAUUAUCAUAACUUUAAUCUAGAAAUUCAAAAUCCCAGCAUUGUGAUCGAAGACUUUACCAUUUUUGGAAACGAAAAAAAGCGUCAGUUUUUCGUUGCCUCGUCGAUUUUUAUUUUUGCCGACUGCAAUUUGAAAAGUGUAAGCAUUAAUUCUUCGUUAAUCAAAAUGCGGAUUUUGUCAGAAAUUGUCGGAGUUGAGUGUCAAAGACCUGAAAACGUCUUUGGAACUAAGCAAGUUGGGCGUGAAAAGCGUGGAACCAGAUCUAUCUGAUGUCCACCUUGCAAAUUUGGCUGUCAUUGUGAAAGAGAAAGAUGCUUUGUAUCAGGUUCGUUAAAAAUCCACGGAAAAUAUCAAAAAAAGCUUUUUUCAGGCUAAACGUAUGUCUCUGCUCCGCCAUUUAGUUUCUGCGAAAGGAUUUAAUGAAGCGAAAGAUUUUCUGAAGUCCACGGUCCGUCAAGACAAUCCUCCGGUCUAUCGUAAUGCAGGUUUCUGUUUUGCUUAUCGAAAUUUUAUUGGAAUUAGACAUUGAUUACUAGGCUUUUUUCAAAUUAAAAAAAGAUUUAAAAUUUUUCCCAUUUGAUAUUAUUUUUACGAAAAAUUCUGGAAUUAAGUAUCGGUUUUUUUUCUUCUCAUCAGGAUCUAUCUUAAACACACUGCUUAUAAAUUUGACGUAUCCUAUGUUUUUCAAAACUUUAUGGAAGAAACAAGGAGAAAAGCGAAAAAAAAGCAAAAAUUUCGAAAAUUCAGAUUUUUAAAAUACGAGGUUCUGAGUGCUCAUGAAACCAGCAAUAAAAAAAAAUUGAAAGUAGAGUUCAGAAGUUACAUUUUCAAAUGUAAACAUGAAUGUUUCUUUUCUUAAAAAGCUGAAAGUCAUUUUUUUCAGCCUGGUCAGUUCUGCUAGACGUGGACGAUAGCGAUAAUUUCCUUUUCUGGAGCUUGAACACUUUGCAACCUCAUCCAAGUGACCGGCAACUCGACGUGGACAUUCCUCGAUGUCAUCAGGUUAACUUUUUUGGUAGCCCAGUUUGAAAGGUUUUUUCUGGUUUUUUUUUUGCAAGAAAUCCGGUCUGCAGGUUUUUUCCAGAGCUAUCAAGCUUCUUCGUAUUUUUUCAAAGAUUUCGAAAGCUGAAAAAAUAGAUCGGAGAUUUUUGAUAGGAUCUUUAAAGUAUUCUGAACUUCUAUUGUAACCUACAAAUAGUGAAUGAAAAAAACGGUCUUCCAAAUUUUUCAAUCAUUUCGAUAAAAAAAUGGGUCAUGAAUGAAAUUUAAAGCCCUGCAACCUUUUUUUAAUUUUGACGCAUAUUUUUUUAUUCUCACUAGGGAGAAAUAAUUUUUGGCCUUUCAAUUCAACAUAUCAACCAAAAAUUCAUUUAUCAAAAAAAUAUUUUAAAAAAUCAAAGAUAAAAAAAUGUUCAUUUCCAGUUUCAAGUCUCUGAGAAAACAAUAUUUUUUUCAGACUUAGGGUGUUCUUACAUUUCAAAAAUCUCAAUGUAGUUGGAAAAAAUAAUUCUAUAAACUGCAGUACGAAGAAAUGAUGACGUCACCAGCGGCCCAUGCGGCCUUGCGGCGACUUCUAAAAGCUUGGUUGCUGACCAACGAGCGCUACGUAUACUGGCAGGGCUGUGACAGCUUGGCGGCGCCUUUCCUCUUGCUGAAUUUCAAUCGACCGGGUGCGUACUUGUCCAACCUGGGCGUGACCCUGUUCUUUUGUUAGAGUUCAGAAAUUUUCAGCUUCAAUUUUUUCUUUCUCAUUUUUAAAUAGGAAGGAGAAAACUAUGGAAACCUGCCAGCAAAAUUAUUAUUUUUUUAUAGCUCACUAAUGGAAAUAAGAUGUUUUGACUCGAUCAGGUAAAUACACAUUUUUUUGCCUAGGUGAAAAAAAUGUACGUCUCGAUUUUUUUAGGAAAGCGGGCUGCCUCAAGGAAAAAAAUUUGACACUCUAGUAGAAAGUUUUUUUGCUGAAAAUGGUGAAGGUUGAGAAAGUAAAAAUACCAUUUUGCUUUUUUUUAAAUCAGUUUUCAACUAUUUAACGAAAAGUUUCAAAAAACGAAUAAAAUGGAAACCUACCCUGAUAUUUUUUCAUAAUACCGUUCGUUUGAACAUGUGCCCGAAUUUUCUCAGAAACCUCGUUUCCACCAAAUCCUGACCAAAACCCAUGAUCUUCAAUAAUCGGAAGAAUAGUGGGCUCACAGUCCAAACGAUAACAAAUUGGUCGCUCGGCUCAGAAACGGUAGCCGCUGGGUCAUUCUUGAGGCGCGCACCUGUAAACAAAACAUGUCAAUUGUCACCGACUGAUAUCGUUCGGUUUGACAGCGACCGCUUGGAGGUCGCCGUAUCAACAGUGGCUCUGUCUGUUGUAGGCUAGAGGAGCCAAAAAUCAGGAACUGAGUGGGAGAAACAUUAGACUUGAUGACAGAAGAAAAAAAAAAAAAUUUCAAAAAAACUUUAAAAAGCAACUAAGAAAAAAAGAUUUAAAAAAACAUUUUUGAGGGUGUUCGAUUUUUCGACUUAGCAAAUUUUAAUUAAAACUGUUGAAAGAAAUUCUCAAAAACAGCUAUAGAGAUGCUUCAAAAAUAUAUUGGUAAAAUUCAAUGAUUUCGUUAUUUAGAUUUCGGAAGGUUUCAAAAAAUUAAUGAAACAAUAAAGUCUUUUUGAAUCAAAGAAAGGCUCAAAAAAAGAAGAAUUAUCGCUUGCCAAUUUUUUUGGAAGAUUCCCUUGAAUUUUUCUAAUUUUUUUGAACUCAUUUAACUACAAGUUAGGUGCUCCUGUUUUCCGAAAAAUUGAUGCGCUCUGAGGUUUUCUGGGAAGCCAAAAAAACUUGUUUUUAGAAAAAAAAAGUUUAAAAAUCGAAUAUCAAAAAUUUCAACAGAAAAAAAUUUUUCAUUUUUCAUGAUUUUUCGGUUUUUUUCUCACAAAACUGGUCUGACUCAAGCAAGUGAGAUAUGCUACCGGAAAUAAGUUACUGGAUAGCUAUUUAAAUUCUUUGCGAAGUUUCAAAACAUUUGAACCACUUUCAGAGAAGUUAUGCUCGAAAAACCACUUUUAAAUUUUUGGGCCGGUCACAAUGAAUAAAAAAACAAUUAAAAAAUCGACUUACAAAAACAAAUUUCAAUUAUGAAAUAUAGCAAUUCGAGACAGGAAAUUGCAAGCCUUUCGAAGAAGCUGAUAAUGAAAUUUGCUUGCAGAAACGGCGCUAGCGUGUCUGAACGAGUUCAUCAAGCGCUAUCUACAUGACUUCUUCCUGAAAGAUAACUCGGCUAUCAUUCAAGGUGUGAGCAUGAAACGUUUGAUAAGAUGGAAUUGAUACUGCAGAAUACCUCACCGUCUUCAAUCAUCUGCUGGCCUACGUCGACGCUCCGCUCUACUCUCAUCUCGCUGAACUUGGCUUUUUCCCAGAAUUAUACGCGAUUCCAUGGUUUUUGACCUGUUUUGCCCAUGUCCUUCCAAUGCACAAAUUGUUGCACAUUUGGGACCAAGUACUGCUUCAUGACUCUUCUUUUCCGCUUUUUGUCGGUAAUUUUUAUUUUUCAAAGUUCUUUUUUUCAAUCUUCAUUUUCCUCGUCUUUAAAUAUUGCAGGGCUUGCUCUGAUGCGACAACUCCGUCCAAAACUGAUAAUUGCAAGUUUCAACGACGCCAUUUUACUGUUUUCCGACCUUCCUGGUAAACAUUUCCCGGUAAUGUUUUGAAGAGGUUUUGUUUUCAGACUUAUCGAUUGAAAAGAUCGUAUCUUGUUCGCAUCGUUUCCGUUCCAUCGUCCCCCCGAGCUGUACUUUCCGCGUGCACGAUGGCCCUUGGACAGGUGCCUGAGUACUUGAAGUUUUUCACAUUGUCAAGAGCUAAACAAUAGUACCUUCCUUCUAGAAAUUCCUGAUGUUUCUGAAGAUUAAACUUGAUUUUCAGAAAAAAGAAUCGCAAAUGAGGUCGAACCAUUCAACUUGAACCGCACAUUGAUAGCAAUGACGGUAGCGGAGCUCAAGGAAAUGAACUGUCCCAGGAUUUCAAGUCCGGAAUUCAUUUGGAGAGUCACUCAGAAGCAGAUCUGCGUGAUUGAUAUUCGUUUGAGCUCCGAGUGAGUUUUUUAUUUGACCUGAAAAUCAUGCCAAAACGCGUAUUUCUUGUUUCAAUUUUGAGAUCUUCAAGGGGCUUUUUUUGUCAUUUUUGAUAGGAAAAUCUGUUACUAAUUUUUUUCUGAUUAUUUUUUUGAGCACUAAUUCGAGUCAAUAGUUUUAAAUUGAUGAUCAAAAACAAAGUUUCAUAAGUGCAGCACUACAUUGUAGCUCUUUUUUGUCAAUAUUCUUGAUUCAAAACUGUAUACUAGCCCUUUGAAGUGUCCGAUCCUCACAAAAAAAUUGAAAUUUUCGCAGAAUUCUCUUAAAUUUUCUGUGACGUAUUCAAGGAAUACUUUAAAACCGCUGCAAAAAAGCAGCUAAAAACUUCUUUUUUGGUUCCUACAGUAACCGAGGGCUUACAGGUUUGCGCGCGGGUGUGUGGUCGGCUCUGUAAAUUAUCCGAGCGCCAGCAGAAAACAACUGAAAAGCAUCGCCAACGCUCUGAAGACGGCCACAAGACAAGCUUAUCCAAUCUGCAUUGUCUGGGGCAAGGACCACAAGACGGCCAUUAAAGUUAGUUCCUUCUUGCUUUUCAAGUCGUGAAACCCAAGAAAAGAAGGAGACUGAUAAAAAAGAACCGUUUUUGCAGUUUGGCGCUAUGCUCGUCCGGAUCGGCAGAAACUAUGUUUGCAUACUCGACGGCGGUUUUGAAUCGAUUCGUGAUGAACGGACCAUCUUGGAUGUUGCACAUUAA